AUGGCGCUAGUAGCAUAUCGGAAUCUGCUGCGAUCCGCGCGCAUCGCUUUCGAAGGCGACAUGAACACCCUCUUCGCCGCCCGUGCCGAAGCCCGCAAGAAGUUCGAGUCGAACCGCGACCUACGAAUUGGAAGCGAGGAGUUGCAGCAGUCAUUAGUACAUGCUGAGGAAGUGGCCAAGUUCCUAAGAGAAAACGUGGUCCAAGGACAAGCAGCGGACAAAGAGGACAACUUCAAGCUGCGGAUACACGAGCACACCGAAAGAGGCGACAACGAGGAUAUCAAGAAAGGAAAGGGAAAAACUACAUUGGGAGGCACCAAAUGCUGUUCCUCCUAG